UCUAGCAUACAGGGCUGCCUGUUGUGGGGCACCCGGGUUGUUAUUCCGGCCUCACUUCGCACACCAGUCUUAGAGGCACUACACGAGGGCCACCCGGGCAUCGUCCGGAUGAAGGCGUUGGCAUGGAGCUAUGUCUGGUGGCCUGGUUUGGACGACGACAUCGUCAAGUGGGUAAGCUCAUGCCAACCCUGCCAGGAAUCCAGACCAUCCCCUCCAGUCACCACCCCCACAAAGUGGGAGAGCGCCAACGUGCCUUGGUCAAGGCUACACAUUGACUUAGCGGGUCCAAUACACGGCAAAACCUUCUUGGUGGUCGUUGAUUCAUACUCUAAAUGGAUCGAUGUGGCCCAACUAUCCACGACCACCACGCUAGCAGUUACCAAGGCUCUAACUCGCCUAUUCGUAACACACGGGCUACCAGAUACCAUAGUUUCGGAUAACGGCCCCCAGUUUGCCUCAACA